AUACUGACGCUAGCUUCAACUCAGUGAAAGCGGAUGGCACCAGCAUUGGAGGUUAUGUGUGCUUGCUAGGAGGUGGUGCUGUGAGCUGGCGCAGCAAGAAGCAGAAUGAGGUGGGAUUGUCCUCAUGUGAGACUGAGUACAUGGCCUUACACCAUGGGGCCAAGGAAGUGGUGUGGCUGAGGCGCUUGUUAGAGGAGUUGGGAGUGGGUCAGAAGGAGCCGACGGUGAUCUUCUGUGACAAUGAGUCUGCAGUGAAGCUGGCCAAGAAUGCUUGUCUACAUGGGCUGACAAAACACAUAAGGCCUAAGUGGCAUUGGGUGAGGAGACUCCUUGAUAAGGAGGUGCGGCUGGAGAUAGUGAAGACCCAUCAGCAGGCAGCAGAUAUUUUCACUAAGCGUCUGGCAGAGGCGGAUCAUUGGAAGGGCAUGAAGCUUGCUGGGAUGAGUGUGCAUUGAGUAUGCAUGCUUGAGAUGUUGGUAUGGUGGAUGAUGGUUGGCAGCCAGAGGGGGAGAUUGUUGUGUGAUGUCAUCAUAUGCUAUCACAUUAUGU